AUGGUCAUCUACUUCCUCUUCUUCGGGUCCGGCCUCGUCGUCGGCCUCACCCUCACCUUCUACCUCCCCCCAAGCCUCCAAUUCUCCCAAUUCUCCUCCACCAUCCAAGAAACCCCCUCCACCCCAACUCCCCCACCCCCGCCUCCGUCUCCGCCUCUGCGCCAUCCUCCCCCGCGCACCGCCUCCAUGCAGCCGCGGGCGGGGCUGAGGGACUUCCUCAGAGUCGAAGACAACGCGACGCACGACAUGACAGACGCGGAGCUCCUGUGGCGGGCGUCGAUGAAGCCGAAGAUCGAGGAGUUUCCGUUCAGGAGGACGGCGAAGGUGGCGUUCAUGUUCCUGGCGAAGGGGGAUCUGCCGCUGGCGCCGCUGUGGGAGCUCUUCUUUAGAGGGCAUCAAGGCUUGUAUUCCAUCUACGUCCAUUCUCAGCCUUCUUACAAAGGGAACUUUCCCAAGGGUUCGGUUUUUCAUGGCAGAAGAAUUGCUAGCAAGGAGGUAGAAUGGGGCAAGAUCAGCAUGGUCGCAGCCGAACGUAGGCUGCUAGCGAACGCGUUGCUAGAUGUGUCGAACCAACGUUUCGUCCUCCUCUCCGAGGCAUGCAUCCCUCUCUUCAACUUCCCAACAAUCUACAGCUACUUGAUGAAAUCCCGAACCUCAUUCGUAGAGUCAUACGACAAGGAGGGGCCCGUGGGGCGUGGGCGCUAUGACCGCCACAUGAUGCCCUUGGUAACCAUUGAAGAAUGGCGGAAGGGGGCCCAGUGGUUCGAGAUGGACCGGGAGCUAGCCCUCGAGGUCAUCUCGGAGCACGUCUACUUCAACCUUUUCAAGCUCUAUUGCAAGCCCGCUUGCUACUCGGACGAGCACUACCUGCCCACUAUGAUCACCAAACACUUCCCUUUCAAGAACGCUAACCGAACUUUGACUUGGGUUGACUGGUCCCGGGGCGGGCCCCACCCGCUGAAAUUCAUCCGCCUCGACGUCACCCCGGAUAUGCUGAACCGGAUGAGGAGCGGCACGGAGUGCAUCUACAAUGGGAGGCCCACCAAAGUUUGCUACUUGUUUGCUAGGAAGUUCACGGUCAAUGCGUUGGACCGGUUGUUAAGGUUUGCACCAAAGUUGAUGAAAUUUUGA